CGUGCCUUACGGAUACUUAUUGCCUCUUCCAGGAAGCGCCCCUCUCCUGGAGAGACACCAGACAACGCUGUUCCCUCUGCAGGGCUUAGCCAGGUGUGGAGUCCCUCGGCCGGGGUAGUCAUUAGGUCCCAGCGCACUUUGCCCGGCGCCACGACAAACAUGGCGGCAGCCGCUGGCCUGUGGCGUUAGGUAGGGGCUCGGCUCGUGCUGCAGGUUCCGAGAGCUUUCAGCCGUGCUCCGAUAGUCCCGAUGCUGCGGGCGUCAGGCACUGGUUCUCUUCCUGUCGUCGGUGUUAGUCAGAUGGAUUCUUAAGACCGGAUAAGUUUCCGGGGCUUGAGCAUAUGAAAGGUGGAGACUGGAGGAGGCUGGAUUUAGCCUGAAGAAGGGGACGUGGAACCCGUGGUGUUAUCGGGAGGGCAUGGAGGCAGCGUCAUCGUUGGGAAGGAAUCUGCUAGGAGUAGUGCUUUGAGGAUCCAGCAAUAAGGAGUGAGGACAGAUUUGGCACUGCCCUGCUGAAGUGAUUUGCUGGAGUAUUGGGAUUGUUUUGCAUUGACAAUGUUUGGAGACCUAUUUGAAGACAAUUUUUCCUUUAUUUCAAACAAUCAUUGUGGAAAAGGGAAGAAAUCAAAUCCUGAACCUCCAGCUCCCAGGGAUUUCACCAACCUAAGUGGUAUCAAAAAUCAGGGUGGGACCUGCUACCUCAAUUCCCUUCUACAGACUUUGCUUUUCACACCUGAAUUUAGAGAGGCGCUGUUUUCUCUAGGACCUGAAGAGCUUGGGACGCUGGGUGAUAUCAGUAAACCAGAGGCAAAGGUUCGAAUAAUUCCACUACAACUUCAGCGAUUAUUUGCUCAGCUUCUGCUCUUGGACCAGCAGGCUGCAUCUACAACAGACCUUACUGAGAGCUUUGGGUGGAACAGCCAUGAGGAAAUGAGGCAGCAUGAUGUGCAGGAGUUAAAUCGGAUUCUGUUCAGUGCUUUGGAAACUUCCCUUGUGGGGACUUCAGGUCAUGACCUUAUUAACCGAUUGUACCAUGGGAUUGUUGUGAACCAGAUUGUUUGUAAAGAGUGCAAGAAUAUCAGUGAGAGACAGGAAGAUUUCUUAGACCUAACAAUGACGGUAAAAGAUGUAUCUGGCUUGGAGGAGGCCCUGUGGAACAUGUAUGUAGAAGAAGAGUACUUUGAAAAUGAGAACUUGUAUCGAUGUGGAGGCUGCAAUAAACUUGUCGAAGCUUCAAAGUCUGCUAAACUACGCAAGUUGCCACCCUUUCUCACCAUUUCUCUCCUGAGAUUUAACUUUGACUUUGAGAAGUGUGAACGGUACAAGGAAAUAAGCUGCUUUACAUUCCCUAUCCAGAUAAAUCUGAGGCCUUUUUGUGAGCAGACUGAAAUGGAUGAUUCAGAGUACCUGUAUGAGCUCUUCUCUGUUAUUAUACAUAAAGGUGGCUGCUAUGGAGGACACUAUCAUGUUUAUAUCAGAGAUGUGGAUGAAUUAGGAAACUGGCAAUUACAAGAAGAAGUGGAUAGACUGAUUGAAGAUAAGGUUUUAAGAGAUACUGAAAAUGGCAAAGAAAUAGAAAAUCCAUUGACAGUGUUGAAAAAGAUUUUAUCAGAGGAAGAGGCUAAACAAAUUCCUGUGGAUCAGUUAGGGCAAAAACUAUUGGAGAGAAACGGAGUGUCCUGGAAUAAGAAAUACCGAAAACAGUAUGGAGCAUUACGAAAGUAUUUGCAGAAUCAUCCUCAGAUCUUCGAGUUUAGUCCUGAUGAAAAUAAGGUUGGUCUGAAGGAGCAACACAAACUCCCAUUUAAAUCUAAUUCUCAAGACCGGGAUCUCCAGAGCCCUCCUCAGAAGAAUGAUGUCCUGUGGAAAUCAGAAAAAAGUCCUGCAAGGCUAAGGGACAGUGCUGCUGGUUCUGGUUGCCAUUGGUUUGAUCUGAAUGAUUCAAAAGUUCAACCAAUCAAGGAGAAGGAUAUUGAGAAACAAUUUCAGGGUAAAGAGAGUGCCUACAUGCUGUUUUAUCGAAAGUCUCAGUUAAAAAGACCACCUGAAGCACGAGGAAAUCCAAGGUACCAAAUUCCAGAACACCUUCUGAAGGAAAUGAAUGCUGCUAAUGCUGAGCUGCAAAAAAAGAGAGCGGAAUGUGACUCAGCAAACAAUGGCAUUGAUUUACAUCUCCAUUUGAGUUUACGUUACAAAUUUCACAACGGGGCUUUGCAUCCUUCACUUACAUGGGAAGAGAGCAUUGUGGAUUUGACUAUUGAUAGAAGAAAAACUCUAGGAGACCUUCGACAGUCAGUAUUCCAGAUGUUGGAAUCUUGGGAAGGAGAUAUGAUUCUUAGUAUUGCCAAGCCUUUACCAGCAGGACUGCAUCUUUACCAGAUACUUGAUGGAGAUGAGCUGACAUUGGAUGACAUUGGACUGGCUGAUGGAGCAGAUGUCUUCGUGUGGAAUGGGAAAGAGGUCGGUGGUACAAAGGUUAUGACAGGCCCUGAUCAUGAACCCGUGGUUGUAAAUGUUCUUCGUUUAGCAGAGUAUAAUGAAGGAGGGAAAGGUCAGCAUUUCACAGAAUCACAGCACGUCUUUUCGUGCAGCACAAAACUGAGUGAUCUGCAUGAAGCCUUAGCCCCCUCAGGAGGAAUCAUUCUAAAGAAUAACCUAGGACCAGAUAAAGAAGCCAACAACUGGGAAGUUUUUCGUGAAGAAGAUAUGAAGGAAACAGUCAAAAGUGCUGGCCUGACAGAUGGAUGCUCAGUACUAAUCUUAGACAGCCAUGACCAGAGCUUUGUGGAUGUGUCAAGUGGCAAUUUGACUGCUUUUACCUACGACAUCACCUGGCUCCAAGUGAAAAACUUCUGCCAAAGGGAAGAAGAGGAGAAAUACGUUAAGAUUACUGCCACUAUUGAAACAGUUAUGUCAGAUAUAAAAAGAAAAGCAAUACAGGAGCUUCAGCUAGAGGAGGACCUAGCAAAUGACAGCUGCCUUAGACCUGUUAGUAGAAAUGGGAAACUUCUGUCUCCAGUGCCUGAGGAUUAUACUGUCAAGGAAGCAGAACUGAAAAUGGGAAGCUUGCUAGGACUGUGUCCUGGGAAGGCUCUGACUUCCACCCAGCUCUUCUUGUAUUUUAUUGUUGGGAGUGACCAAAACAUGAGCCCUGAAAUGGAGAUAAUUGUGGAAGAGACAGCCUCUGUCAAAGAGUGUCUAAAUUUAAUGCUGGAAAAGUCUGGAUUAUCAGGUAACAACUGGCAUUUGAGAAGGAUAGACUGGUGCUAUGAAGCAGGGGAAGCAUUAAGUCAGGAAAAUGCCACCCUAAAGGAACUGAAUGUUUGCAGGGGAGAUACCUUGGUUAUAACUGAAGGAAAGCUUCCAGCAAAGGGUUUCCUGAAAAUCCCCAUCUGGUGGUUCAGGUCUUCAGGUCAUAAGAACCAUGGAGAGAGUGGACAGGACCAAGUGAACAGCAUGACCUGCAGGAUGGAUGCUUUGCAAGUGUCUCCUGCAGGAGAUUCACCAGAACACAUCCACACAGACAUGAAUCUCUGUUAUGCUGGCAGUAUAGAAAUAGCAGGAGAAGCUUCUUUGGAAGAUCUGAAGAUGCAGGCUAUGACCUUACCAUGCUUCCAGGAGCAGAUUGUCCCACUGCCUUCCUUUCUCAGAGCUUGGACAGUGGACAGUAAACGGCCAGGCAAGCUUUUACGAAACAACAAGCAGCAGCUCAAUGACUAUAAGCUGGGUGCCAGAGUGGAAAUCUGCAUAGAACCUUUGCAAAAGGAAGAGACUAUUGGUCCCCAUGAACUGCUGCUUAGAGUCCAGAUGGGCAUACCUGGUGAGAGGGACUACUAUGACUCCACAGAUUUGGUGUGGGAUAUCUCCAAAGAAUGCACCGCGUGGUCGCUAAGGCAACGAGUGGCUUCUUAUUGUUGUCUGCCUGUAGAUAAAAUUGAAAUAGCCAAAUACUUCCCGGAGAGAUUUGAGUGGCUGCCAAUAUCUAGCUGGACACAGCAAAUUUCAAAGCGGAAACGGAAGAAAAAACAGGAGAGUUUGCAGUCAGCACCUUACUUCCUGAAAGACGGAGAUAUCAUUGGGGUGAAGAAUCUUCUCUUUGAUCACACCAAGGACUUCAGCACAAUGAGAGAUGAUGCUGCAAAAAAGAAACAAAGGCAGCUUACAUUAGAAAAAAAGAAAAGCCACCAAGCUCAACGCUUACGGGAUGAUGUUUUCUGUGAGGAGAAGCUGAAUAUUAAGCACCGUAAACCAGAAGUGGCCCUUUCUAUCAAUGUAGGCAUUUUCAGGUAGCCCCAGGAAAGGAUUUGCCAACCAGACCAUACUCCAAUGUACUUAAUUGGCUUGGAGUACCUCAGCUGGACCACCAAGAGGGUCUUUCCUGAAGUGUCUUCAAGAAUCACUGAGACAAACUGGAUAUAAGCAUCAGGAUAACUCUGAUUUCCUUCUAAUCUUCCUUGGGGAAGUGCUUUAGCAUCCCUUUAUCCACAUGGUACUUAUUCUCAGGCUAGGCAAAUGCACUUUAUCCAUGAGAAAAUGGACUAAUAUAUUGUAUAACCUUUUGGUAACUUUUGUAUUCACCCUAAAUGUUUUUCUUCUUUUGGUCAGAUGGUGAUGUCUGUAUAGAGACAAAGUACAGAGUUUACUGGGAAUUUAAACACAGUCAUAAACAUCUCUUUUCUAUCUCUGACCACUGAAGUUACUAGUGAUACCAGAACUGACUUUAGAAACUGCAGUCUAUAGUAGCUGGAGUCAGAUUUCAGGAAUGAAGGGAAUGUGUAAAUCUCUGGACAAAGUGCAUGAAAUUGUCUCAAAAAAUUGCAAGUCCAGAAUCUGUUAACCUUUAAAACCUGAAGACCUUUUGUGAUACAGAACAACAGUGAGAUAGAAGGGUCUCUAGGGCUUUUUUGUUGUUCAUAAGCUUCAUUAACAAACAGAAUGGGUGGAAAAAAUUGGCAGAUCCGGUGUUUGAUCUUAAGUGGAUUUUAUUUUACUUAGGAAAAAUAUUUGUGUUUAUUUCUAGCACUCCUAUUCAGAGGACUUUCCCUCACUUCUUAUCUUUCCACUUGUUCUAAUAUUCUUUGUUACAGCUGAGAAGAAGUUUCUCUUGGUGUCCCAAAAGCCAGUUUGCAGCCUCUGCAACAGAAAUAGAUUCAUGCAGCUGAACUACCAGCUGAACUCAAUGUCAGGGAUUCUGAAGUCAAAUGUUUACCAAAUACUUGCGAGAUUUGGAUCUCAAAAUGGAGAGAGUGUCACUGGGUGAUGAGACGCUAUUUUUCUUACCCCUAGGCUGAGAUUUGAGGUUUAACAGAAGCUGACAUUUUCAUAAUCUUUAUUGAAACUUUUCUUAGGCUUCCAAAAUCCUUCAGCUGUGUUUCCCCCAAUGUGUGGGACUCUUUAUAACUUCAUUUCCUAUUAGGGAUGUAGUUUUCUUUGAGUGCAGCUAGUACUGUCAAAUUAACACAAACUCUUAGUGGAGUUUUUAUUCCUGAUCAACUCCUAAACGUGUUUUGAAUGGUGAGGUGAAAGUCCAAUGAGGGGUGAUACCAGCAGUGUUUCUGGCACUGGGAGCCUGUGCAAAGGCAUUUCCUUGUGGAGUGAACUCUGUGCUCAGACACACGGCAGAACCUCUCUGAGCUGCACAGGUACCUCGAAAUCAGCGAAGCAAUCACUCAAAACCAGCUUGUGACCAUAGCCUGAAGUAUCCUGAAUUAAACCUGUGUUAAUGAGAGGACAAAAUGCAUGUCACUUUUGGGGACUACCAUAAAGACGUUGUGUAUGUGUAUAAGGUAUUGUAGUGGGAGAUGACAGUACAGCAGACUUGUAAAAUUUGGGUAAUAUGAGAAGUUUUCUCAUUUUCUUUCAUAGGUUAACAAUAUGCUAGUGUUUCACACAGCUUCAAGACAAAACCUGACACUCUUAGCUCUCAGCAAAUGAAAAAAAAAUCAAAAGCACCAUGAAUAUAUGAUUGGUAUUUAUCUCUGUGCAUGUCUUUAAAAUUCAGGAGGUGCCUCUGUGCUCUCUUAGGCUGAUUCCUUCAAGAAGGAGAUAUUUUAAUUUCCCCAGUACUUUGACUCUGGCUGGGUUUCACUUGAAUCUUGAAAUUCUGGUUUGAUGGGCAGAUUUUGCUGACUGAGGUGAGGGCAGACAGUUGCUUUUCCCAUCUUAUUUUGUGUCACUUUCUUCCAUACCAAGAAGUGUUCCUGCAAGGCAGGGUUGACAGUCACACCUGUGCUUCUUGAGGUAAGAAAAGAAGAUUUCUUUGGGGAUUGUUACACUGCAUUGCCACUCACUUUGCUGUCACUUCGGCUCCUCCAGUUUCUUCAGUCUUCCCACCUGCCUUUUUAUUAUUACUCUGGUCUCUUGAAAACAUGAGGUUUGGAGAAAUGCAAGUAUGGAUUCCAAGUACUAACGGGGAGUUUAGCAUGUGCCUUUGUUAAAGUGUAAUGUAGCAGUGCCUGCACUGAACCAGUCUUGGAUUAUUUCUAAUGUUGGCUCAAAAUGUCUGGUUUUUUUUUAAAACUAUUGUGGGUCAUUCCACAAUGAGAGAGGUAAUUAAAAUGGGGGUGAGGAGAGGAAACACCUUUUUAAAACUGAGUCUUUGUAAUUCUACAGUUUGAGGGUUCUAUUUAAAAGCCUUGGAAAGCUUUUGUCUUUAUUUUUCAAG